AUGUCUACAGGAAGAAGUUCAACGCGCCCAUCACGACUUCAGUUUAAACUAAACUUUGUUUCAGCAGCGUCACAAAAAAUAAUUUCCACACCAGAGCUAGUAAAAAGGCUAAAGAACUUAUUUGGAGAAGUUUCCGUAAUGGAUCAAGAACAAGUUGACCUUGAUUCUUUAAAAGGCGUAACUCGUGACUUGAUUAACGCAAAUUUAAUAAGUCACAAAGAUCAGGGAGUAAAGGCUUAUGUGGCUUGUUGUAUAUCGGAUUUGCUGAGACUAUAUGCACCAGAUGCACCAUAUAAUGCCCGUGAACUCAAAAAUAUUGGUGAUAAAGAUGGUCCUUAUUUUGAUCUAUAUUUCCAUCUGCUUGAAAAUUUAGCAAGAGUUAAAAUAGUAUUGUUGAUAUUGGAUCUUCCAAAUUGUGAAGAACUCUUGAUUGAACUAUUCAGAGAUUUCUUUGAUAUAAUUAGGUCAGACAUGUCAAAUAUUGUUCAUUCACAUAUGGUGGACAUUCUUGAACAACUAAUUAAUGAAAGUGACGGGUUACCUCAAGAUAUGAUCGAUGUUAUACUUGCACAAUUUUUAAAGCAGCGAAAAGAUGAAAAUCCGACGGCUUAUCAAUUAGCCAGCGAAGUUUGCAAUCGCGCAACGGAUAAGUUACAGCGAUACGUUUGUCAGUAUUUUACAGAUGUUAUCGUUGAAGCUGAUAGAAAUGGGACAUCUACAGAAGAGCUGAAUGACUUCAAAACAGCUCAUGAUCUUAUCAAAGAGCUGAAUAGAGCUGCGCCUGGGUUAUUGUUAAAUGUCAUACCUCAAUUGGAGGAGGAAUUGAAAUUGGAUGAUACUCCUUUACGUUUGCUUGCAACACAAGUUCUUGGAGAAAUGUUCUCUGAGAAAGAUUCUACUUUAGCUAGUCGUUACGAAAAUGUUUGGAAAAUACGAAAUGAUAAAAUAUCUGACGUUCGAUGUGCUUGGAUAGAAUAUUGUUUACCUCUUUACAUUAAUCAUCAUGAAUUGGCUAAACAGAUAAAUGAAGCAAUAAUCUCCAAAAUGUCGGAUCCAGAUGAUAAAGUUAGAAUUGCUGUAUGCAAAGUUUUUGGACAAUUAGAAUACGAGUGUGCUUCAAAACUUGUGGAAAAAGAAUUAUUUUUUGAGUUAGCUCAACGUUGUCGCGAUCGUAAACACGGAGUUAGACAAGAGGCAAUCAAAGCUUUAGCACGCCUGUAUAACAUGGCUUAUAACGAGAUCGUUGAUCAUGACGAAAAUGCGAUUGAAAAAUUUGGAUGGAUACCCUCAGAGUUACUGAAUACUCUCUAUUUAAAUGAUAAUGAAGUCAUUGUUUGUGUUGAAAAGGCAAUGCAUGAAGAGAUAUUAGCAUUCAAUCAUGGAGAUUCGGCGCGUAUGGACCGAAUGAUUGUUGUUUUCGGGUCACUUGAUUCAAAAGCUAAGAGGGGAUUUUUCUCUUUGCUCCUCCAAAGACAAAUAGAUGCGAUUAGCGACAUGAAAUCAUUUUUGAGUAUUUGCGAAAAAUACAAUGGUGAUUCUAAUAACGAAAAAUUGUCGAAUAUUUUGAAUCAAACCGUUGAACGUAUUUCGGAAAAACUUCCAGACCCAAUGAAAUCGAAAAAUCAUUUAUCAGUAUUUGCGAAAAUCCAGGAUACGCGCGUUUAUAAGUUAAUCCGAGAUUGUAUGAAUCCACAGUCAGAUUAUAAAACUGUACGAAGUUCUGCCAAGGAUGCACUUAACAGGAUUGAACAGAUAGCUGCAUCAUCAUUUGAAACAUUAUCGAUUUUAAUACGACGCAUUAGCUUAACAAUAAUUAAUAGAGAUUUGGUUCCUUUGCUUAUGAACAAAGUUAAAUCUGAUGGUGAACAAAAUGCUCACUCAAUCGCUUAUGAGCUGUUUACGGAAAUCUCAUCCCGAUUUCCGGUUAUAUUUCGAUCACAUCUUGAAAAACUAACUAUGCUUCUUAAGGAAGAGGACGAAAGCGCAAUGAUCGUCGAGAACAGCUUAGAGGCACUUUCUAAAUUCGCAAAGACUUUUCCCGAUGAAGUACCUCAUGAUAGAGAAACUAUACAGCGCUAUAUACAAUUUGCAUUAAAUGGGUCUUCACGACAAGCUAAGUUUGCGUCUAUAAUCCUCAUUCAUGUUCAGAAGCAACUAAUAUGCAACGAUUUAUUUAACAAAAUUAUUCCCAAUCUUUUGGUAAAUUCACCAAAAAUAAUAUCAUACCUUUCAGCGUUAAGCCAAUGUGCACUUUAUACGCCUACGAUUUAUGAACAAAAAAGUGAUACUAUUACGAAUUUCAUAAUCAAAGAAUUAAUUAUGAAAAAUCAUAAUUCUAUUGUUGUAGACAAAACCAUAUGGGUUGAUGAUGAUGAACUCGAUGAUGAGUGCAUAAAAGUUCUUGUGAAUCGUUUACUUGCUAUAUCGGAUACAGAUAAUGCACUCGAUUUAGCAAAUCCAGUUUUUAAAUUGCUUUGGAAAUUAAUAAGAGAAGGUGGUGAACUUCUUCCUGAUGAAUCCACUAGACCAUCACACAAGAGUCGUUUGCGAUUAGCCGCUGUUCGUUCCGUAUUGAAACUAGCAAGGAAAACGAUUUACGACACAAUGAUUUCUAUUACGGAAUUUCAAAAACUAGCACUAAUGAUACAAGAUACAUGUUACAAUGUUCGUUUUGCGUUCGCUUCGCAGCUGAUUAAAUAUUGUGGCAAACAUCAGCUUACCACGCGAUUUUUGACUAUAUUCUUUUUAAUCGCACAUGAUCCAGAUGUAACAAUUCGUGAAAUGGUCAAAGCUUUUCUAACGAGAUAUUCUCUUGCAUCAAGAACGAUUCGUGACAAAUCUAUGCAUUUGGAAAUGUCUCUAGCUCAACUUAUUCACCUUCUUUCCCAUCAUCCUGAAUUUUCCCGUGAACCAAAUACUCUAAACGAAUUUGUUGUAUAUAUCGAUUUUUACUUGGAUACAAUUGCGAACGCAGAAAAUGUGUCUCUAUUAUCAUACAUAGUUGGUCGAUUAAAACAAAAUCUUUAUAUUUUGAGUGAUUUGUCUCAAUACCUUAUCCGAAUUAAGUGUAAAUCUCAUUCUUGGGCCUUACACGCAUUUCCUGGACAAGUUGAACUACCCAGAAAUUUAUUUAAAAGCUUGCCAAAUCCUGAAGUUAUAUCUGAAAUCAUGAAAAAGAAUCAUAUCCCCAACGAAUUUCUUAAAAUAUUAGAGAUGAAACUUGAAUCCACCAAUAGUAAAAGUAGUAAAAGUAGUAAAAGUGACAAGACAAAAAUAAAUAAAAGAGGGCGAAAGCCUUCGGGUCAAGCUUCUAAUAAGAAACGUAAAGCUGAUGAUUAUCAUGGAAUUCCAUCUACUUCAACACGAAAGACCGUACCAAGAGCUGCUAAAUCUAAUAUAAAAUCAAUGGCGAUUAUAUCAACUAGUAGUGAAGAAGAAUUAGAUUCUAAUAAUGCGUCUGAAGCAGAUAGUGAUGUAGAAUUGAAUGACGAUGGAGAAUAA